AUGACUGAAUACGACUUUUCCCCAGAGGCCUUUGAGGCCCACAUCCGCAAGCAGCAGCAGAUAGCCCGCUGGGUUGACAAGACAAAUCUCCUCGCCCCCUCUCUCCGCAACCCCUUCACCCCGGCCACCCCCGCCGUCCGCGCCCUCAAGCUCCACGACAACUCCGACGACCACCCAACAACCCAUCGCAGGCACGCCUCUAGCGAUGACAGGGAUCGUCGUCGCACAAGGGACUCGGACAGGGAUCGUGAUCGUGGUCGCGAGCGCGAGCGGGACAGAGACCGCGGCCGCGACAGGGACAGGGAGCAGCACUACCACUCAGACUCGCCCUCUCGUCCCCACACAGCGACAAAGCGCCAUAGAUCAGCCUCCCAUUCACAGCCUGCUCGUCCAGAGCCGACCAGGAACUACACAGUGCCUCCCCCGCUCCCCCUCAAUACCUCACCCGUCGCCCAGUAUCCACCCCCCACCACCUACCCCCAGAACCCAUACGCUCCCAGAGUCGCCUCUCCCAGGGACUCGCGCCAUUCUUCUCGCUCCUCAUCCACCCAGGUGCCCUCUCCAACUUCAUACUUUCCCCCGCAGCAGCCUCCAUGGUCCGCACCGGCUGCAUACAAGUCCAUGCCUACUCCAACACGGUCACAGACAGCCCCCCACUACUACCCCCAGGAUGCAAAGUAUCCAUCUACGCCCCCCUACUACCAGAAUCCAUCCUACGUCUAUCCCGCAGGCUCUCCUGUCAAGGCUGUUGAAUACGAUGUCCGUCCUUUCUCUCCCUCUACCCGUGCACACCUACUGACCCCCUCCCAGAAUGUACCACAGUACCCAUUCUCUGCAUAUCAAAUCAAACAGCCGCCACUUCUAAAGCGAAUCUUUAUGGGGCUCACCGGUGGAAACAAGCAGCACCACCAGCAGCGCAAGGUUCCUCGACGAAAAAGGAGCACUAGCUUCUAA